AUGCUGGCUUGGAUUUGUGCACUUCUCGCUAUAGGUCUCACGUCUGCACAGUUUUUUUUCGCCGUUGAUGGGCAAGCUGCGUUGGAGGAACGGCUCAACUCAUUGACAAGCCAUGUUCAAGAUUUAGACAAGCAAGUAGCAACUCUACAGAAGAAGGUAGCAGGUUUGGCACAAGCUGCUCAUAGUGAAUGGAAUUCUACUGAUAGUGGAUCACUCUAUAGGGUGUUCGAAGAGCGAAGGUCAUGGUCCGAUGCUGAGAAUCUUUGCCAGACCUUCGAUGCUCACCUUGCUGUUAUCGACAAUGAAACUAAAAAUAACUUUGUCAAAGGGCUGAUCAACGAAAAGCCAACUGUCGACUACGUUUGGAUCGGCAUGAAGACAAAGAGUACUUCACCAUCUUCGCAGAAUACCUUCACGAAUUUUGAUAAGGAAAAUCCUAUCAGUGAUUAUAAUUAUGCACUGAUAAUUUUCAGCAACAAAAAUCUCAGUAAAAUUUUCUUCAGUAACAAGCUUAUUGCUCAACCUAAGGACUUCUUUGUUAGAAUGAAUCCAAAACUAAUGCCUAAGAACAUCUUUAAUGCGCCAUAUGCCAUUAGCCUCGGAAAUAAAACAGAUUGUCUCAUCCAUGAAGCAAGAAGAAGCAAAAGUUGUAGCAAAAUAAUAGGAGAUGUCGAUUUUAAGAGUUUACCAUCAAACAUAUGGACUCAAGUGCAUGAAGUGGAAGGAACUUUGCGCAUAGAAAAUACUAAGCUCACGAAUUUAGAUGCCAUCAGAGGUUUGAAGAUUAUUGGAUGGAAAGUGCCGGCUCUGAUUAUCAAGAAUAAUCUAAAAUUGAAUGAUAUAAGUGCAUUACUGUCAAUCUCAAUCAAGUCUAAAAAACCUGAAAUCGAGAUUGAAAACAAUCCUAGUAUUUGUCACAACAUAACAGAUCAACAAAAAUUAAAGAAAUGGUUACUAUUGCGUAAAGCUUCAGUCAAAUUCAACUCAUCUUGUUGACUGGCUGGCAUUGAUUCUGUUGUUUCCUUUUCUUUCACGGAGAGCUGGAGGGAGCUUACUCUUGCACUGACUUGUCACUUGUACAUAUUUGAUGAUUCAACGCCGACGCUGGCCAGAUGCCACCAAGUAGAGAAGGAGGAGCCACUUUGA